UCCGGGGCGUGUAUAUGAGGGAAGGCGGGUUUCUCGGAGGACGCUGGCCGGCUGCGAGGGAUAGCGAGAAAGCUUCUCCCCCCCCACCAUUCUUUUAUCGUUUAUCCCAGUCGACAGAUUGAGAGGGACCCAAGGCGAGCCCCUGCAAGGCGCUUCUUCUCUCAUUCCUCCCCGUCUUGCCCUUGUGUCAAGUAACAUUACAGGACAAUAUCUCAUGGAAGGACUAUAGCUAAUGGAAGAGAAAAAAUAUAUCAGGACAUCCUUGGUUUCCAGGUUACCAAAGUAUGGAACAAAACCUGCUGGGAAUAUCCUACAGACAGUUCCGAAUGGAACAGCUCUCAAUUUAUCAGGGAAUACUCAGAGCAUUGACAAAAAAAUUGGCAAGCACAAUGGCACUAUUCGUAUGCCUUCCUUCUCUUUUAACUGGCAAAAAUCAAAUCAAUGCCAGCUGGGUGAUCAGAUCAGCAGUGAAUCUGGCUCCAGUCAUAAUUCCAAUGAAAGGCUGACAAACUCUGAAAAGUGCCCUCAGUCUGAAGAAAUAGUUGGUAAAGAAUUGCCCAGGGUGGGUUCAAACAGCACCUCAUCAAAAAUUGAAAAACAAAGCAACAUGUUUGUGUCACCUACAGAAGAAUUAAACCAAAAGUCUUUGCAUGGGCUGUCUAGUUCUGCUAAGUACACUAAAAGUUCAUUGUUAGGUAGGACUUCUUAUUCUGGACUUCAUGCUCCAAAAUCACACUUGAAUGGAAUUUGUGGGAGCCGUUCAACUAUAGGCUUGCAGAGGAAUAGAGGUAAUUCUACUGCCACUAGGACCAGCUUAGGAGUCUUAGGGGAGAGUCUGGCAAAGUCAAUUGACAAUGAUAAAUCUUCUUGUGAAAAAAUGGUUAGAUCGCAAAGCUUCUCACAUUCCAUUCAAAGCUCUCUCUUGCCCUCUGCAACCCUAACUAGGUCACACUCUUUCAAUAGAGCUGUGGAUCUUACAAGGCCUUAUCAAAACCAAUACCUAACUAUUAGAACAUCUCAGAGGUCAGGUCUAUUGUCAAGAAGUGCACGACAGUUGGAUGUGCCCAAUGGUAACGAACCAUUAAAAUAUGGGUUUGCUAGAUCAUAUGCUGCUUUAGGUUCCCCUGGUUUGAAGAAACAACCACUAUUAAAUGGCUCUGGAGAUGCACCCUCUCUGAGAUUUAGAACAGGCCGUCCUUCUUUAUUGAAGCCCAGCAUUCAACAUUUGGGAAGAAAGAUCCCUGUGGAUGGCAGCACAAGCAAAAAUAUGGAAAGCUGCAUAGAGGAGGACUCAGUGUCAACAAAUAUCACUGGAGGUAUUGAUGCAAAAGGAAUGCACAACAGUGAAAGAACAGAAGAUGGCAAAGCUGCACAUAAUAAUGUUGUAGAUAACAGCUGUAAAAGUAUUUGCAUGGAUGGUGAUGUGGAUGAAAUUUCUAUAUCUUCCUUGUCCUCUUCUGAGAAAAAUGAUCUGAGUGAGGACUUUAGCGAUGAUUUCAUUGAUCUAGAAGAUCCCAACCGAACAAUAAACGUCCAAGAAGAGGAAGGCUCUGUUCAACAGCUGGAGCAUGGCAGUGGAAUACCACUAGAUCCUUUUCUGCCUCUUAAGAAAAGUGAAAGAUCCAACUUUAAUUCUGAUGAAUGGCUAAAUAUAUGUUUGUCUGAUGACAAGAGUGAAAGUGCCAAACAUCCUGCUGGUAACAACAUAAUUUCCUCAGACCUGGACUACAGAGCUGGCUCUUCCUUUGAGCUUUCUCCAUCUGAUAGCUCCGAUGGAACCUACAUGUGGGAUGAAGAAGGGUUGGAGCCCAUUGGAAGUGUCCUUCCAUGUAGAAGUUAUGAUUCUUCUGAAAUGAAUAGUCUAGAUAUUUUGAAUAACCUUGAUUCAUGUGAUCUGGAAGAUGAUGAUCUUAUGCUUGAUGUUGACUUGCCUGAAGAUGUGCCCUGUGAUAAUGUGGAUUGUGAAAAUAUGAAUCGUUAUGACCGACCAGAUAGAAAUAUUCGACAGCAGAAGGAGGGAUUGUGGAAGAGGACACCACAACGAUGGAAUAGCCAAGACCAUUAUCAUCUUGGUCACUCCGACCACUAUUCCCACAGUAGAAAUGAUUUAAACAGGGGCUUCAACUAUUUUGACUCACCUCCUGCUGGUCAUCUUGAAGGAUAUGGAGCACCAGACUUGUACCCACCUCUGAGGAGUUUGCCGGCAAACACUGUGAUGUUGGAUGAAAUGACACUUCGGCAUAUGGUUCAAGACUGCACAGCUGUGAAAACACAGUUAUUAAAAAUGAAAAGAAUACUUAAUCAGAAUGAUGAAAAUGUGUCACUCCACAACAUCACACUCUCAGUUCCUUCAAGCCCAGAACUGCAGGAGUCUGAACCAAUAUAUAAGACUGAUGAUUUGCUUAAUGAGAUCACACAGCUUAAAGAAGAUUUAAAGAAAAAAGAUGAAACAAUCAAACAACUAGAACAUCGGCUUUCUAUUAGGUGUGUCUGCAACAGAGACAGCCAGAAAUCUGAACAGGCUGUGUGCACAUAUGCUGACAAAUACACCCAGACCUCCUGGAGGAAAAGUGCUGGUGGGUAUUCUGCUCCUUCCUUCUCUCCCUGGCAGGGCUCAUUCCAGGGCACCCCUCGGACUGUUCCACCGCAACGCAGACAGACACCCCACAAGAACUCGUGUAGAACCAGCCUUCACAGGAUGCUGUUAUAUUGUGGCAGGCCUCAAGUACUACAGCCUUCCAGCCACCUUCCUCGUUUCACAGACCUCGCCCAGGGAAAAUUAAUAAAAACAUCACUCAUCGUGGCCCACAGUGAACCAUCAGAAGACCAACAGAGAAGUGGUGGCCAUGAAUAUCAAAAUGCUGCAGAUGGCUCCUUCAACAGCCUAAAUGAACUGAGCACUUUAAAUACACAGUUAAAUGUAAGGAAGUCAGAAGAGAAUGCACAUUCCACCAAGAAUGUAAAAGUUAGAGAAAACCCUAAAGAACUAACUGGUAGAAAAUUUAGUACAUUACGUUCUCAUCCCUCUUCUCAAUCAUCUUCCCAAGUAAAUACUCAAGAAGUGCAGACCAAAUUAGUUCUAAAAAAACAUUGCUCACAGACAAACCAGGCUUCACCGCCAAAGACUUCAAGAGCCACAAAGACCCCAAAGCAGAAUGCUUUAGUGCCUCCUCCAGUAACCGUUGCAGCACCAUCUCCAAAUGGCUCUGCUUCAAAGGAGCUUGAACAGCUGCCACCAAGCAGCCUAACACAACUGCAGACGGCAUCCAGUCAGUCUGAACUGAGUCAUAAGAGCCAGAAGACCUCUAAACUUCGUCCUCCAACUGCUUCCUUUAGGCCCAAGCAAAUGACAAAUCCCAAAAUCAUGAUACCUCCUGAACCUCAGAACGCCUGCUCCAAGACCACCCGCUCAAGGCAACUAACACAAGCAAAAGAAAACAUGCAGAAGCAAGAUUCAAACAUUCAUUCUGGUGAUAGUGUGGCUUCUAAUCGGCAUUCCCGCCUUCCUAAACCAAAGACAUAAUUGAAAUAAUGACUUGCAUAUGCACAUCUUCUUGUCCUGUAUAGUGAAGCUGCUUACCCUCAUCUUUUCUUGUCUCCGUCAAGAUUCCUCAUCAAAAGCACUGAAUGCUGCUGUUCUUUUGGUACUGAACUGUUCUGUUCUAUACUUGAUUUUGUGCCAUGUAGAAAUGUGCAUCAUUCUUCAAAAGCCUGUGCUAUCCAUUGAUUGCAUUGCCCAUAAGUCCCUUUAAAGAUAGUUUGGUUUAACACUAAUGUUUGCAGUGACUACUGGUUGCUAGAGUUAUACACCAUUUGCUUGAGGAGGAUGGUCUGCUGGCUGGAAAUCUGACCCUUAGUAGUCUAAACUACUGAAUAAUAGAUAGAUAUGCCUACAUGUUUGGUUCUGACAUCAAUUAUAAGUGAUUAACAAAUUAUACAAAGCUGGUCUUUUUUUAUCUUCAUUCUCAGCCAUAAUUCUAACUGUAUCUCAGAGACCUAUGCAAAAUGCUCCUAUUUAUUACAACACUGAACUCAACGUUCUUAAUUAUGUAUAUUUAGUGUUGAACUGAGGUUUUAUUUUUUGCCAAGAGGAUCCCAAAUUGCUCUGUUUGCUUUUUGAAUCUAUAUUUCACUACUCACCAACAAAAUUUCACAGGGUGAAAUGGAUCUUAAUUAUAUUUUAAACAUUCAUCCAUCCAUGCAUUGUAGAUAUAUUUCCACAACCUUUUCAUGUAGGCUGUUGUGAAAUGGUAUGUGAUGUGACUCUGGGAAGAAUGGGUCUAUGUCAUCCAUAUUGAGGAUUUUCACAACGCAUCUUUCAUUUUAAUACUUAACUUAAUUGUUAAUUAUUUAUUCAUUUCUGUGCUUUUGCAAGUCUUAAGAACCCAACUUGAAAUGUUUGCACGAAACUUUGCCAUAAAUGUAGGGAUUUGAAGUUUAUUUUUUCAUAAUAAAAACUUGUUUUUUAAAAAAAGAUUUUUAAAAUACAGAAACACUUUGGGAAAUCUUGUGGAGUCAUAAGAACAGAACUGGUACUCCUUUCAGAGAUUAAUAAUACUGUAUUUGUGGCUAGUUCCUAGGUGUUGAAUGAGAGAUGGAAAGUGACUGGUAAAUUAGAAAAACUCUCUUAGAUACUCUGUCCGAAGAUGGUUGUAGUUAAGUAUUUAUGGCACAAUGAAGUGUAAAGAUAUACCUAUAACUUAAAUUAGCAAAUAUGCAAUAAAAUGUUCUAUAAAAACAUUACAGCCCAUAAAACCAAAGCUGUAGUAGCUUAACUACAUCUAAGUCUUACUCCAACACAAACCAGAGAACAACUUUUGUGCUUUAAAUGAAGCAGAUAUGAGUACAUUAGAGUAGCAGCUUAGAGUCCUUUGUUGAAUACUAGAUCAAAUAUUGAUUGUGCAAAAAUAAAACAUUAUAAAAAUGAAACCAGAGCACCUGUAGCUUUGGCUUCUUUUAAGCCAAGAGUAUCUGCCUCCCUCGGAAGGGAUGUUGAAGAAACAUGCAUUAACCAAACAUGAUCCAUCAGUCAUAAGACUGACCAAGAACAUCCACUUAGGUUAACUAUCUAUGCACCACUUUUACACCUGCAAGAUCAUGAAUUCUUGGUUGCUUUCCUCAACUAGGGAAUACCCCUUCCCAAGAAUUCCCAAUGGCAGAGACCACCUUCAAGAGGCAACACAGGAGCUGCAGGGUUGUGAAAUUUAGCCCUACCUCUCCGUUAGCGCAACUCCUCCCAGCCUCUCAUGGUUGAGGGAUAACUUCUGAAUUAGAGAGCCUACAUGGCAAGGGAGGACUCCCCACUUCAGAAGUUACCCUUUGAACGUAAGGAGCUGGGAGGAGGCACACAGCACCUCUAGAGCCCUUUUGCAUCUAUAAUGCAUGAAAAGGGCUAAAGUACAACCAGCUUCCUAAAGCACUGCAAACAUUUAAAACUUCAGUUGCCUUUUAGUGAUCAGGGAUAGGGGUAAUAUGAGGACUUAAAUUUUAAAAUCUACAAUGGUUUUCUGUUGUGGCAUUACCUACUCAAACCUUGAAAUGGAUUACAGCUGAGAUUCUCACAUUAUACUGUUUAAAUGAGGCUGACUUAACACAUCUGUUUUUAUAUUCCAUCUGUCUAGAUAAGUUAAAUUGUCACUUUGAAGAGUGGUUCUCUCAUAUAAGUGUUAUAGUGCACUGUUCGUCAACCUUGGGUCCCCAGAUGUUGGACUAUAACUCCCAUCAUCCAUCAUUGGCUAAGGUGGCUGGGGUUGAUGGGAGUUGUUGUCCAGCAACAUUUAGGGACCCAAGGUUGAAGAACAGUGUGGCAGCAGAUAUUUUAACAUUUAAAGUGGCACAGCAGUUUGUCAUAUAAACACUUUUAUGUCUAGUUCGAGUCAAGGUGCAUGCUUACUCUUUGAACAACAAAUAUAGCAGGAUUCCAUACUGUCAUACAGUUGGUUCUCCAAUAUUUACACAUUUCUGGAGCAGAAGUGCUUCAUGUAUCUGCUUGCCCCUUCAGAUGUGUUUAUACAUUUUGUCAAAGAGAGCAGUCUGGCUGUCACUAAUAAAUGAAGUUUUAUGACUGAUUUGACUACAUCCUGCUAUUCUACAUCUCCCUUUGUUCAGUCACAUUCAGUCCAGCUACAAAAAAUGAAAUUGCCAGCCCACCAAUGUGUACUUUUAUGGUGAGCAGUCUAACAGCUCUUCUGGGAAGGAAUUGCCACUUGCCCGGGGCGAGUACUCUAAGUUGUAUUCAAUUAUUAAAUACCUUUGCAUCACAUGUUAAAGUCUGGAUUUGUAUUAAUGCUUCUGGAUAUAAAUUAGAAAACAUUCAAGGAUUUAUUUUUUAAAAAUUAAUACUAAAAUCACUGUAUUACAUAGGGCACUUAAUGACAGGUAAGCACUGGAACCGGUCAUGGUUCUAUUUAUAUUAAUAUUACUAAAAUAAAACCAAAGAUAAUUUUAAGAUUGCAUGUGCCAUUUUUUUAAAUGUCAAACUGGCAAUGAAGAAGCGAAGCUGAGGAUAGCAACUUGGUUUUAUGCAAGUUUGAGAUGGGUAGCCUAAAUUGUUUGUGCUGCAGCACAUAUGCAAAUUGGGGUUGUGGGUGGCAGGGUGAGUUGGCUACCAUCACUUUAUGAGUUGCCAUGGGUCACUACCACACUACCUAAGGCUGUUAUCUGACAGAGGAAGCCAAGGUGGGAACUGAUGGCUUUCACCAUCAUGCAUUUGUCAGUCUCUAAACCAGAUGUGUGAACUUUCCCUGAGUAUAACUAUAUCAAAGAAAGUUACAGUGUAUGUGUAGAAAGUCCAGAGUAUGAGACAAAUAUUUUUUAGUGGAUGAGAGGGAAGAGGGAAGGCUCACUGUAGUUUAUAGAAAAAGCUUUGUGGGAUGCCAGGCCUGCAGUGGGACUCUAAUGGGUGAAUGUUUCAAGAAAUACGAAUAUUUAUUUGAAGGGAAGAAAUGCCAUUAGUACCAGUAGAAAUUAUUUUAAAUGCACAUAUAAAGCAAUUGGGAUAUUGUUUAGGCUUUUAAAAGAGUGUAUUUCAUCGUUCUACUUUGCGCAAUAAUUCCUAAAGUAUUAAACUACUCCUUAAACAUGUAUAAUGAAAAUAUUGAUCUUUUAACAAUAGAUGUGAAAGUGGAACAAAACUAAUUUUGCACUUUAAACUAUGAGCUCUAUUGCUUGGAGUUGUGCCUAAAUUAACUCUAAAUGCCUGUGGUUGAGUUAGUUUUCAUUAUAUAUUGGAGUUAUGGUUUAGGGUUUUAAAACAAUGGAAGCUUUCCGUGGACAAUGCAGCUUAAAAAUGCCUCCAGCCACAUCCACUCCCUGCCACCUGUUCUUUAUUAUGUCCAGAUGUUCAUGGUAUCACUUCAUUACUGCAAGAUUUUGUCCCUCAAAUGUUUGUCUCACUAAACACCCACUUAUUUAACAUCUGAUAUUUAUAUAAUGUUGCUAAAAGUUUCUUUCAAAAGAGAAGCCCUUGUGGACACACUUGCCAGAACUGAGGCUUAAAUACUCAAUUUUGCAGAGGUUUGUCCUUCAAGUUUUAUAUGGUUGGAUAUUACUUUUGAGGUGUUAUUGAACGAAUGUGCAAUACUAAACCCCCCUCCAACUUGAGUGAAUCAUUUGUGUAAUCAAUGAGCAUCAUAUCUUUCAAGUGGUUCACAGAUAUAAAUGUGACGCAACUUCAAAUCCAACUAUGGUGAAGCUCAAGUUGACAACACACAAAUCAACCCUUGGUUCUCAAAUGCUGUUUUUUUGUUUUCAUGCAGCUUAGAUAACGUGAAUGGCAUUUGUAGUUUAUUUUGUCCCUUGCAUGUCAAUCCACGUGCAUUCAUGAAACGUUUUGUAUACUGGCAGAUUAGCAUGCCUGCGGAUGACACAUAAUUACUUUUUGCAUAACUGUCUUUGAUAGAGAUGUCUUCUCAUGCCAUUAAAAUGGAUAUUGGUUUUGGAAUGUGAUUUCCAUUUUAUCUGUUUUUUUAUCAGGUUGCAGAGGUUCUCUGACCACCAUAGACACAAUUCAGCAAAAGUUAAACACUUAAGGCCUGUUGCUUUCAGUAGGAGAGUUAAGCUUGUGCUUGGCUUUCCCUUACUGAAAUCAGUGGAAUUUAAGUGCUUAAUGUUGGUGAAUUUUGCCCUGUUGAAACACAGUUGUGGUUGUAGAUCCGGAUUUUAGACUUUUCUACAACCAUGCUAUAGGAAAACUCAAAAAUAUUUUGAUCACUGCUGUAGUAAAGCUGCUCACUGCCUACAUAAAUGUCAAAAGCACCACAAUAAAUUGGUAUUAACUGCAGUGUUAGUAUUACAUUCGGUACUAGCUGCAAAAGUACCCUUAAUACAAAAAUAUUUCUUUUAACAAAAAAAUUCAGAGUAAAUACUGUAUAUUGGAACUUGCUUGUAAAGAUGAUUUAAAAACUUGUAUGUAAAGACUUUCCUCAGUGUUGCUUUAGUGAAUAAAAUUCAUAAUUCUGAAUGUC